CCUCAAACUCAAAAAAAUUCAAAAAUGGGCGAACUCGAAGUGCCAGAAAGAGAGCUCGAAUACUUCGCAACAUCGGCUCGAGCUGGUCGCCGUAACGCACUUCCGGAGAUUGAGGUCGAGAUCAACGAUCCUGAUGCAGCAAAACUUGCGGAGCGAAUGUCAGACAUGAAGGCUCACUGUGAUCAGACGGCAGAGUCACAAAACCAACCAGGACCUUCCCCACCGAAACAAGGAACUUCGUAAUAGAGAAAAACGUUCCGCUAUUAAAACCAAGAAGUGAUCAAACAUCGAGACGACGCUGUGAAGAUUGUUGUAACGAUUUUGUAAAUUUCCAACAUUUUUUUAUAACUUUCACCAACUCUGAAAAUGUUUUAAUUUUUUAAGUUGAACAAAUGCAACAAAAAAACAAGCGGGUUCUAGUUUGGCGUUGAAAACU